GUUGUACAGACUCUGCUGAAGCAUGGUGCUGAUAUGGAAAUCGUCGGUCGCCUGGGAGGUAACGCUUUGCUUGCAGCAGCCAUGUGUCGAGAGGGCCAAUGGGCGGAGAUUAUCAAACUUCUCGCUCGAGCGGAAGCAAAUCUGGAUACCCAAGAUACCGUCAAAGACACUGCUUUGCAUAUGGCUGCGCAAGCUGGAGAACUCGACAUGGUCCGAUUCCUCGUGAUGAAGAAGGCAAAGGUCAGCAUCCAAAAUAUUGCAGGAAAGACUGCAUUGGACUUUGCUUGCGCAGGGAAUCAGACAAAGAUCAUCGAGUACCUUCUUAAGAGUGGAGCUACGUGUGAGCCGGACACCUCGGGCAGGACUGAGCUUCACGAAGGCAUCGAUGGAGGGUGCGGUGUGGACAUUCUCAAGCUGUUUGUCUCGAAGGGGGUCGACGUC